AUGAGCCGGUCUAUUUUAUUGCUGUCCUUGGUCUUUCUGAUCUACAUAGCUUUCACUGAGGGGCAGCAUAUGUUCAUGAGCCAGCGAUGCACGUGUUUCAAAAUAUACAAAAAGCUGAGGCCUGAAAACAUCAAGAAGUGGAAAGUGCAUAAACCAAGUGCAUUCUGUGACACCACUGAGAUUGGUGUUACUUUGAAGAAUCCUCAAGUCGAAGUCUGCCUGAAUCCUGAAUCACAAAUGGGACGGCGACUGAAAUCUAUACAGUAA